AACGAUUUCUACGAAAGUGUUGUUUCAAUCUGUAAUGAAAAAAUGUUGUUGGAAAAUUCUUAAACGUUCAUUAAUAAUAUGUGAUUCACCAUGUAAUAAUAAGUUUGGACUUUGUAGAAAUGAAAUUAUAGUUGUUUGGUAGUAACAAAUAACAAAACACGAGCAAUGGUUUCGAUAAUUAACUUACAAGAAGAAUUUUAUGAAUAUAGUAACGGUUGCAAACCCCAUAAUAUUAAUGAAUUAUGGAAUUAUUACAUGGAACAAAAACGUAACUUUUUAAAUAAUAUACCAAUAUAUCUUCAUUUAACAUUAUUGAAAACUUUAUAUGAAAAGAGAGAAAUAGAAAAAGUAUUAACCAUAAUAAAAUAUUUAAGGGGAAGAGAAAAUUUGGUCAAAUGGUUUAAUAAUAAUUUAAUGAUAUUAGAAUAUAUAGUUAAAUUAAAUAUAGAAGAGAUAAUUAAAAAUUUUAAUUUUUUAAAUACAAAAGGAAAUUUACCAAUUCCUACGAUCGUCGAUUUAAUAAAAUCUUUAGUUAAGGAGAAAGAAAUUAUCACGGCUGAAGAAUUAUUUGGAAAAUUGGGAAAAGAAUAUUAUGAUGUUGAGAUAUAUAAUAGUAUGAUGGAUGGAUAUAUUAAAUGUGUUAGAGAAAAUAAAUUGGAAAAAUCAUUAUAUAUAUUAGAAAUGAUGCAAAGAAAUAGAAUUAAACCAAAUAUAAAAACUUAUAAUAUUUUAUUAAAUUUAUUUAGUAAAGUAAAAGCUCAAUCUGAAGCAGAAAGAUUAUUUGGAGAUAUAAUUGAAAAUGGAAUUGAACCUGAUGAAAGAGGUUAUCAAGGAGUAAUCUUAUCUUGUGCAAAAAAUAAUGAUAUUGAAAAAUGUUUUCAUUAUUUUGAUCGUAUGAUCGAUAAAGGAAUAAGUCCAACCAUUUAUCAUUAUUCUACUUUAAUGUCAGCAUGCGUUAAAUCUGGAUACCCGGAAAUUGCAAUCGAUUUAUAUACGGAAAUGGUUUAUACUACAAAUAUUAGACCUAAUGGUGUAAUUUUAACAACUUUAAUGUGCGCUUGGACUCGACUUAGAAGAAAAAGAUCCUAUAAAAAAAAAGAUUUAGAUCAAAUAUUUGAGGAUAUAAAAAAAUAUGAUGAACCGGAUUUAAUCGCUUAUACAACUUUAAUUAAUGCAAAAUCAAAACAAUUGAAAUUGGAUGAAGCUAUUCAAGUUUAUCAACAAAUGCUUAUGCAUAAUAUUAAACCUAAUGUUUACACUUAUACCACUCUAAUUGAUGCUUCUGCUAAGUUGAGAAAUUUAUCUACUGCUUUGAGAUUAUUUGAUGAUAUGAAAAGAAUGAAUGUUUCUCCUAAUCAAUUCACUUAUUGUUCUAUAAUGAGUGCUUAUAUUAAUAAUGGUCAAUUAGAAAACGCGUUUCGAACUUUUGAGGAAAUGAAACAAAAUGGAUUAAAUCCUGAUAUUGCUUGUGUCAAUUGCUUAUUGGAUGCUUGUAAUCGUUCUGGAUCAAUGAAAUCAUUCUUUGAAUUAUAUUCUGAUACAAUAAAAAAAUAUCAUUUAAUCCCGGAUAAUGCCACUGUAACAAUUUAUAUUGAUGCUUGUACUUAUAAUAAUUAUUUUAAUGCUGGAAAAAAAUUUUAUGGACAAAUAAUUAAAAAUAAUUUUCCUUUUUCUGUUAUUAGAUUAAAUAAUCAAAAUAUUUUAGCUAUAAUUAAUUUUAUAAUUAAAAGUGGUAAUUUGGGUGAAUUUGCUAAUUUAUUAAACUUUAUGAAACAAAAAUUAUUUCAUCCAAGUCCUUUUAUUAAAUUAGUUAUUUACAAUCAUUUAAAUGAAUUAAAUAAUGACAAGGAAAUUGAAGCUGUAAAUCGUGUUUUACAUGGUUGGUCUGAUAUUCCAACAAAAAGAGAUUUAAUUAAAUUUAAAAAAAAAUAUAGUAGAUAACAUGUACAGUAAUCUUUGUAAUUUCAGUUUUUAAAUUUGAAUUUAAGUAAUAAUAUAAAUAUUAUUAGUAUUCCAAAUUACCCGAAAGUCAUUUGAGAGUCUUGCCUCAGAAAUGUAAUAAAUUA